AUGUCAAUAAACUCAGAAAUCAAUGUGUGUUUAAGGCAGCUAAUCGAAACUGAAAUGGGUGGAGUUUUGCUGUGGGUGUACCCACUCAGUGCAGAAGUGCAGUCCCUGGACUCAUGUUUUUGUUCUCUGCCAUUCUAUGUUUUUUUCCUCUGGUUUAUCUCUGCCCUGCCUUUGCUGAUCUGCCCUGGAAGGGUUGCUGUCCAGAAUGUAGUGGGAGGCAUUUUUGGUGUAUCUUUGCAAGUUCUGUUUCUGGUAUUGAGCCAGGAGUUGAGUUUGGCUGUGGUGCAACCCUCCAUAUGGUGUGAUGAUUGUAUAUCAAUAGUAUGUGGGUCUCAGAAGGUGCAAGCCUCGGACAUUACCUGUGGGCCAGGGCAUGGAAUCAGUUUUGGAAGCUUAGGUUCUGGGAAAUCAGUAGGUCAUGUAUCAGAUGUGGUGGUGAAUGGAGUCCGGAUCAAGACCUGGCAGUCCAUUCUUGUGGUUCUGCUGUUGGGUGUUAAGCUGCUUGGCUGCUAUGCUGCUGGGUUGUUUGGUGCUUGA